AUGGAAUAUCUUGAAGAAGAUGAUGAUAUCGUGGUUUACGAUGAUCAGAUUUUCAACUGUACCGAUUGUGGAGUUUAUUUCAAGACUGAAAAAGAACUACAAGACCAUGAUAGUUUGCUGCAUAAUAAGAAACAAAAACGUCAUAUCCGUUGUCCCUUUGAAGGAUGUGAUGAGAUGUUAUCGACUAAAAGAGAUAUUGCUGUGAAACACAUUCACAUGUAUCACGAUACAAGUUGUACCAUCUCGAGAAUUGAAUUUGACAAUGAAGAUGAGUUUCGAGUAAGUUUUUAUUUUUGAAAGUGAUAUUGAAUAGUUACUUAUUUAGGAUUGGAUGACUGAAAAUCAAAAAGAGACCAAAACUUGGUAUAAAUAUUCAUCGCAAACAACGGCUACGAUCAAAAAAGCGUAUUAUUUGUGCGCACAUCGUGAUUAUUGCGUUAAUUUUGUUUGGGCUCAUGGAAAUCUUGAGAAUUACAAAGUCAGCGUUGAGUAUUGUUUUUAUCAUACGCAUCCGGUUGAACCAAAUCCAGCUGAUUAUAGAACACAACCGUAAGUACAAUAAAAUUAAAGAAAUAUAUCAGAAAAGAAAAGUUUAGGUUCCAUUUGAAUUUACGAAGAAGAUCUGAAGAAUCUAAGCUGUUUUUGAUGCCAAAGGAAAACAUUGAAAAGGAAGAAGAAGAAACAGAAACAGAAACAGAGGAGAGCGAAGACGAGGAAGAAUAUGUUAUAAACAAUGCAAAUGAAGAGAAACGAGAGAAAGUGAUUCAUUAUAAGCGUGGUAAGUUUGCUCCAUUGUACAUGUUUUUUUCAAAUAGUUCUAUUUUUUGCCGAAUCAUAUGUUUUGGACUUUUUUUGAUAAGAUGAAUUCUUCUAAUCAAAAUUUAGUUGAACAUCGACUAAAUGGCAUUUUCAUGUUUUUUUUAGCAAGUGAGUUGAAAUAUUAGAUUUUAUUCGUAUUCUUAGGAUAGAAAAGUCUAAGACAAACAGAAUGAUAUAAAUUUUCAUGACUUUACGUUAUCCAUAAAUAAGUGAUUUAGGGACGUUUAGUCGAGCGACUCGGUUUAUUGACUAAACGUCGCUAAAUCACUUAUGAAUAACGUAAUGUCAUGAAAAUUUAUAUCAUUCGGUUUGUCUUAGGCCUUACUAUCCUAUGAAUACGAUUAAAACCCAAUAUUUCAACUCACUUGCUAGAAAACAUCAAAAUAUCAUUUAGUCGAUGUCCAAUUAAAAAUCAAAAAACAUUUAUCAUUGUUUCAGACGACAUGAGUGCAAAUGAUUUCUUAGCCGGCCUUGUUGAAAAUAUGAUGGAAUCUGAAGAACCACAAACAUCGGAUGCUCCACAAUAUGUGACUGCAAUCGAUGACACAACAGAAGUUAUGGAUCUUUGCAGUGAUUAUUAUAUGAAUGUAAGUUUUUUGAUAACCAAUAUUAUUUUUGAGAUCAAUAAUCAUUUAGGACCCUUCACCACAACCACAACCAACUCGUCGAACCAAAAAAUUGACUCGAGAAAUUCAGAAUUUAUCAUUUGCAAAUCCUGGCGGUGAAAUGUCGCGAUUCCUUCCAGAAACCGGAGAUAUCAUCAGCAAAAAGAGAUCGCGUAGAACAAUUGCGACAACAAAACCAACAUAUGAAGAAGGAGUUAUUGAUGAUGAAUAUCCACUUUAUCAUGAUAGAAAUGGGAAAUUGGUGGCCAAAAGUUGCAAUUUUGCGACAGAUCUUUGUGAUUGUCUUAUUUUGGAAUGUUCCGGUUGUCAAUGGCCAUGUCAAUCUUGUAAAUGUAAGCAUUUUCUUUAUUUGCUGAAAUAUUUUUGAAUUAUUUUUCAGCGAGAAAAUGUGGAAUAACCUGCCGUCAUAAUCGAAAAGAAGUGAUCACAAAAAUCGAGGAAUUAUGUACAGUCGAAAAUUCAAAAAAUCAUAAAAUCACAGUAAAUCCAUGUUGGGAUCAGGCAGUUCAUCAAGAUUAA